AUGACCAAUCAUAAUUUUCUUUUGCCCCUCUUAUUAAUCUCAACACAUUUCGGGGCCUCAGUUUCAGCAUUUUAUGCUCCGGCUAGUGCUCCAAUCAGUACUAAAGCGCGAGCUAAUGCUCCAAUCGUUACUAAAGCCCCAGCUAGUGCUCCAAUUGGUACUAAAGCACGCGAACUAUUCGAUUCGAGCCUCAGGGAAACCCUAGCCCAGGCUCAAAUCGCCCACGAACUCAUUUCCAUCAUGGACCCAAGUUCGUUCCACGGUCAAGCCAGAACUGCCUGGGACGACUGCAAAGAUCUUUACCAAGACUCGAUAGAUCGGCUCAAUCAAUCCAUCGCCUCUAAAAACAACCGAAACGAUGUGCAAACAUGGUUGAGUGCCUCACUAGCCAAUGAACAAACAUGCCAAGAUGGAUUUCUUGAUUUAGGCUUGCCUCCUCUCUCCUCACUAUCCCCCUCUUUCAACCUAGCUAAUGCUAACUUCACCAAGUCGAUUUACAAUGCACUAGUCAAUAGCAAGGCCAUUUCCUCACCAUGUCCCUUAGCUAAGCACGGCAAGUUAAGAGACCGGAAACUGCUCCAAUUUUCCGGUGAGCUAGAAAGAGCCGUGGUUAUAGUGGUGGCGCAAGAUGGCUCCGGCAGCUAUGAAACUAUCAAUGAAGGCUUAGCUGCUGCGCGCGCCGCCAGAACCAAGGGAGUUGUUGUGCAUGUCAAGAAGGGGAUUUACAAAGAAACUGUGGUGGUGGACAAACAUUUGAAGAAUUUAAGGAUGAUUGGAGAUGGAAUCGAUGAAACUAUUAUUACCGGGAGCAACAGUGUCCGAAACGGCUCCUCAACAUUUCGUUCCGCAACUGUUUGUGUCCGUGGUGACGGCUUCAUUGCCCAUGGCAUAACAUUCGAGAACACGGCCGGGCCGGUUAAUGGCCAAGCAGUGGCACUCCUUUCCACCGCGGACAACUCGGUUUUCUACAACUGCAGCUUCCGAGGCUACCAAGACACCCUCUACAUCCACUCCAACCGUCAGUUCUAUCGCGACUGUGACAUCUAUGGCACUGUCGACUUCAUCUUCGGCCACGCUGUCACCGUCAUCCAAAAUUGCAAUAUCUACUUGAGGCAGGCUUUGCCCAACCAGAAAAACACCAUCACCGCACAAGGCCGGAAAAGCGCCUCCGCCAACUCCGGCAUCAUAAUCCACAACUCACGAAUCACGGCGGCGCCAGGUGAAGCUCCGGCGGAGAAUUAUCUAGGGCGGCCGUGGAAAAAGUAUUCGAGGACGGUGUUCAUCAAGUGUGAAAUCGAUGAUUUGAUUGCGCCGGCCGGGUGGCUGGCGUGGAAAGGGGAUUACGCUUUGAGGACUUUGUAUUACGGUGAGUACAUGAACUCCGGCAACGGCGCACACACUAGUGGGAGGGUGAAAUGGCCGGGAUUCCACGUCAUUGAUAGUGAAGAUGAAGCAGCAGAGUUCUCGGUGGGGCACUUUUUGGCCGGAGAUUCAUGGAUUCCGGCCACCGGCGUGCCGUAUAAUUCUACUAUCUGAAAAUGGAUUUUGAUGCAGGAUUAAGCAACUUCCUAUUCGACCAAUAUCUGUA